AAUAGGAGUCUGUCAAAAAUUUGAAUGGGAUACAUGUUUUCUUCAAAAAAAGAAUACACUUCUUUGGCUUUCUAUUAUAUUUAUUAUCACCGAUAGUAUACUGUUAUACAUUUACAAUAGAUUUUGUAGGGGCAUGAAUGGUAAACCAUAUGGCAUGGAUCAUGAGGAACGAUGUAUAGUAUAUAAAUAAACACUGAGAGAAGUUUGAAGUCAAACAGUAAAUGUGUUUUUAUAUUAGCGGAUUAAACCUGGGCAAAAUCUAAAAAAUGAAAAUAAUAACAAUAAUAGAAAAUAAACGAUAUAUGCAUUGUUACGGCUUACUUUACAUUGGGUAGUGGCCUAAUAAAUUUAUUAAGCAAUGAAAUUCACCGCUGUGUUUUUGUCAAUUAGUUUCUCAUUAAAUACCAUGAGAUUGAAUCAGUCAGCUGAUAAUGAAAAUUAAAAAUGAGUUGUUUUUUUUAAUACAGACCUAUGAGUGGUUUAGCUAAAUAUGUAAAACCGACUGGGGUCAUCCCACUGGUUUGGAAUCGAACACUAAAUUAACCUUAGCUACACAAUAGAAGACACGACAGAGACGGUGGAUACGUAUCUUAAUACUACACCUCUCAUGUGGAAGAACUGAGAAGCUGUCUCCAGUUACGUCUCCGGAGGCUCAACAGAGCUGACACAUUAACUCCUGACACCAAGGGCCACCGCUGUUUGCUGUUUUAAACCGUUCUCGUUAGCUAACACAAGUAUGCCCAGCACAUUAGGGAGAAGUGACUUGCCACCCACAAAAACAAUCGUCGUCUACAGGAACGGAGAUGCCUAUUUUACCGGCAGGAAAGUAGUUGUGAAUCCGCGGCACGUGCCAUACUUUGACAACUUUCUGACAUCUCUGACCAAAGGGAUUGAAGCACCUUUUGGCGCUGUGAGGAGGCUCUACACCGCCACACAAGGCCACCAAGUUCACCAUCUGGAUGACCUUCAGCACGGGAGUGUGUAUGUCGCGGCCGGAAAUGAGGCGUUCAAGAAACUGAAUUAUUGUGAAAUAGCAGCCAAGAAGCCACAGAAUAAGAAAAAAGAACAGAUCCAACCUGUUGUUCACAGCAGGAUAGUAGUUUCUGCCCGCUGGAAGAGAACUGCUGAUGAGUCUUGCACAAUAAAUGUCUUCACCAAUGGAGAAGUGCUGCUUCCUCCGGCUCGAAUACGGAUCCCAAAGUAUACUCUUAGAAGCUGGGAAAACGUUUUAGCUAUGGUGACAGAGAAAGUGCGUCUUCGCACGGGUGCUGUUUUCAGGCUUUGCACAUUGAACGGACGCCCUAUCUCCGGUCCCACUGAACUGGAGAACAACCACUACUAUGUUGCAGUUGGUUCAGAAAAGUUUAAGGCUCUCCCAUAUUACCAGUGUGUCCCCAGGAGGGAUUUGCUUAGGGAAAAUAACAUGACUGAAGGCCAAGACAUCCUGCCCAGUACCAAAAUCAAAAGAUGUGCAAAGAAUGUGACAAGCUCUGGAGAAGACCUUGAGCACGCAGCCAGGGGCCAGACAAAGAAACUCACAGCCAAGGCAGAGAGAACCAAACAACAAGGGCAGGUGUCCAAGAACCCAGUUCUCUUCCCCCCAGUGGAGGGCAGCGUGUUCAAUGCACAAAACAAAAGGAGUGAGAUGGCAGGAGCAGCAGAGGUGCAGGAAGACCGCCAGUUGAAGGUGGAUCUGCCAAUUGAUCAGGUUGAGGCCAAGAUAGUUGAAGAGGAGUAUGAAGAUGGGAAUCGUUGUGCGAGUUCCUGCAAGGCCUCCCUCCGUGAUUCAGAUGACUCGAGUAUGCAAAGGUCUUACACCACAGAUUCCGGGAAAAAUGAGGCUAAAGAGAGGGAGGCGUCUUCCAAGCUCGGCAGAAUACGGUCGCAGAUGUCCCGGUUUUUCAAGGGAAGAAAACUGAAACUUCAACAUUAGUUGUUUAGAUCUGCAUGAGAUUCACUCCAGAGCAGAUCCUGAUCUGACAGUGAAAACACCUGGGCGAGGAACAUUGUCAAUAUGUGGUUCGCAACUGCUGUUAUUUCCCCCAGGACCUGAAAUCACACAUUUGAAGCAUUCCUCUGGGGGUAUAUUUAGAAAAUGGGCCGAUCAAAACUGCUUGUAACUCAAAUCUCACGUCACACAGCUGCUUUUAACAGACUGUAAAAUAGGGAAAAAAGGGAAGGAUAAUGAGAGGAGAAUGGGUAGAUAAAUGCAGACAUCCUAACUGCCACAGUAUGUGACUUUUUAUGUGCACAGAAAACAUGAAAAAGAAAAAAAAAGUUUCUCUCUUUUCUCUCUUGAAGAAUGUUUCAUUUGAAAGUUUGCUUUUCCUGCCACUGAAGAAUGCUUACUUCUUUUACUAUUUCGCCGAAUGAUCCCCUGCACCUGAUAGAAAAUGAAAGUAGUAUAACAGUGUUUAGUGAAAAUGAUAAAUCCAAAAAGCUGACACCAUUGCAGUGAUUUCAUUUAAGGUAUGAUUACUGUUCCAGAUGUCAGUGAUGAUGGAGGCAUCGAGGAGGACUGUUAUAUUAGUCCCUGAAGCCUGACAACCAUAAUACAUUUCCUUUUUUUUUUUCUUCUCCUUUUUUUUUUUUUACAAUGUAAAUUCCUCUUACUCCACAAGGAGACUUUUUCGCUCUUCUUCUUUGAUAUGCCUGGCUGCUUGGUAGCUGUCGAAGGGGGAAAAAAUGGCAACAAAA